CUCCCGGAAGCUGAACACAAAAGCGAUUAAAAGCUACCAAGUUCGCGAUGUCAGGUGUCGAGGAAACUUUAAAUGAACCUGUAGGCGUAAAAGACGACAAAGAGUUUGACGUGGAGGCUGAAGACCACCUCGGGGAUGAUUAUUUUGCUGACCCGACUCGAUAUUUAUUUUACAGAGACCGAAAGGAGUGGGCUGACCUGGAGCCUGUUCCUCAGGAUGAUGGCCCAAAUCCUGUAGUGAAGAUCGCCUACUCUGAAAAGUUCUCAGAUGUUUAUGACUAUUUCCGUGCACUCCUGAAGAAUGAUGAAAAGAGCGAGCGCGCUUUCGCCUUGACAGCAGAGGCCAUUGAGCUGAACGCUGCCAAUUACACAGUUUGGCACUACAGGCGAGUACUACUGCAAGCCCUGUCAAAGGACCUGAGGCAGGAGAUGAGGUACAUUACUGCCAUCAUCGAAGAGCAACCCAAAAACUACCAAGUCUGGCAUCACAGACGUAUGGUCGUAGAAUGGUUGAACGACCCCUCGGAGGAAUUGGAAUUCAUUGCAGACAUUCUCAGCCAAGAUGCAAAGAACUACCACGCCUGGCAGCACAGACAGUGGGUCAUCCAGGAGUACAAACUGUGGGACAAUGAGCUGGAGUUUGUGGAGAGUCUCUUAGAAGAUGAUGUGAGGAAUAACUCUGCGUGGAACCAGAGGCAUUUUGUUAUUUCUCACACCACCGGCUUCUGCGAUCCAGCCAUAGUGGAGAGAGAGAUUCAGUAUUGUCUGAACCAGAUCAGGAAGGCUCCCCACAAUGAAAGUGCAUGGAACUAUUUGAAAGGGAUGAUGCAAGACAGAGGUCUGUCGUCUCAGCCUGGCCUGCUGGAGAGAGUCCUGGAGCUGAAGGAGACUCACUGUUCACCUUAUCUUCUAGCAUUUCUGUUUGAUUGCUAUGAGGACGCCUUGGAGAACAGCAACCAAAAAGAAAAUGUGGAGGAAGAGGAACGAAAGGAAACUUUAAGAAAGGCUCUAGAAAUUUGUGAACUUCUGGCACUGAAGGACACCAUCCGUAAAGAGUACUGGCUGUUUUUGGGACGUUCUUUAAAGAGCAAAUCUGGAAGCAGUGGUCCCUCUGAUAAGCCUCUGGCAGAUGAUCCUGAACCGUCUGUCCCAGCCUCUGGGCAGCAGGAGAUGAGUUAAGAGACCAGCAGGAGACUCGCACCAUGUCCUCUCCUAUCCUGCUUCAUCAAUACUGUGCAGUUUAAUAAUAAUGUCAGUUUCCAUCAUGAA